CCUUUAGCUAGUGACAUUUUUUUGUGUUGUUCCGUGUACACAACUUUAACAUGUAAAACUUAGUUUAAUGUAAGUGAAAUUCGAUGGAAAUUCCGCAAUUCCCCGUGUGUUUAACCCCCCUGUGGGUCUCCGUCCUGCUCCCUCGUGUGUUUGUUUUGGCCGCGGCAUCGCUUCCAUGUACACAAUCGACAUGGCGGUGGGGUUCAUUGUGAUUUCCUCGGCAGUAAAUCCGGGUGCCCCGUGGAGUAACCCCCUUGUCUUUUCCAGUUUGUGAAUAUGGAGGAAAUCGGCCAGGCCCUCGACCCCGACGACUUGAUGGACCUCGACGAGGGCUCAGACCUCGACGAAGAAGAGGACGAGUUGGACGAUCCCCUGCCCUCGCCCUUUCAAUUCCCCUCGUCCGGGGCAACUUCGGCCGCUUCGUCGCCCCCUAAUGACGACUUUCCGCUGCCUUUUGGCUUCUCGGGCAAACCCCUGAGCGUGAAAAGGGGGCGCGGCCGUCCCCGGCGCGAAGGUGACCGCCACGACCCCGAGACACUAUCGCUAUUAACGGGGCUGUUGACAGGUAAGCCGGCGCAGAGACGGCCGCCGAAAAUCAAGAAGUUAAAGGGCUGUGCCCCGCGACGAAAAUUCAAACCGUUUGAAUUCGAUAUCAAUUCUAUCACGCCGUCGCCAAGCGAUGAAAUGUCGCUAGACCCCGAGACAGGGGCUCUGAUUUUCGAGAAAGAAAAACCGGCGCCGGUUUUUGAAGAAUUGCCAUAUUUUCCGGAGCAAUGGCCGGGAAAAGUGUGCGCGUUUUGUAAUCUGGGCGAGAGGAGUCAGCUAGGGCAGGGAGAGAUGAUGAGGUUGUUGUGUCCGGAAGGGUUCACGCCACAGAGGGUGGCGCAGGACCAAGGGGAUAGUGGGAGUAGUAACUUACCAACUCCUGAGAGAGAAACGGGAGAUAAGAGUCCCAGAGGACCUGUCACUUGUCGCAGACAGAAAAGUUUCAACAAGUGUAGACAUCCAUCAUUGACGAGCGAAUACGUCGAUGAAUUAACCAUCAUCGGUUACACGGAAGAGCCCCACGUUUCCACGUUGUUUGACUCAAGCGGAUAUUUUUACACUCACAGGAGUUGUGCUCUGUGGUCUCACGGUGUUACCAAAAAUGAAAAUUCAGCGCUCGAAAAUGUGGGCCCAGCCGUCUUACAAAGUUCUUCCAGGAAGUGUUCAUUUUGUAAUCACAAUGGAGCGAGUAUUUUAUGUAAAGUUGAAGGAUGUACAAAAGUUUAUCAUUUUCCAUGUGCAACUGCUUCUGGUGCCUUCCAAGUCUUAAAUUUGCUUGCAUUGUUUUGCAGCAAUCAUAUCGGACAAGCUUCACUGGAAUGUGAAAAUUCUGUGUGCUUUAGCUGCAAAUCUUUAGGCGAUAUUGCCAACCUAAUGUUUUGUUCGUCUUGUGGAGAACAUUAUCAUGGCAUCUGUGUUGGACUGGCCCAAUUACCAGGUGUUCGCGCUGGAUGGCAAUGCCGUAAAUGCCGCAUCUGCCAAGUUUGCCAUAUGACUGGCGACGAAACCAAAUUAAUGACAUGCGAACAAUGUGAUAAAAUCUACCAUUCGACAUGUCAAAGGCCCAUCGUAACAUCUAUACCGAAAUACGGCUGGAAAUGCAGAUGUUGCAGAGUUUGCGGCGAUUGCGGUUCGCGUACGCCCGGAGCCGGUCUUUCUUCCCGUUGGCACGCUCACUACACCGUUUGUGAUUCUUGUUACCAGCAACGCAAUAAGGGCUUUUCAUGCCCUUUGUGUCAUCGAGCCUAUCGAGCACAUGCACACAGAGAAAUGGUGCAGUGCACUUUGUGUCGCAAAUUCGUUCAUGGUACGUGCGAUCCGGAAGCCGAUCUUGUUACAUAUCAUCAAAGGAAAGAGGCACAUCCCGAAUACGAAUACGUCUGUUUGAUGUGCAAGAAUUUAACACAACCGGCGACCCUACUGGCGAAACGCAACAGUAUAGACGACCCCACCGACUGCAUCGCCCCUCUUCCCGAAUCUCCCUUCGACGAAAAUGUCGAAUUCGACAACCCCUUCCCGGUGGACGUCAUCCGCAAUAUGGGCUUGGGCAAAGGCAAACCCUACAGCGCCAGUAAAAUAGCAAAAAAACGCCUCGGCCUUGGCUCAACGCGCCCCAAAGGCGUAGGUAAAAGCAUUCCCGGGAAAGUCGGUUUUAUGAAACGCCAACGCUUGACCGAUUUCGGUCGUAAACGCGGCGCUAAAUCAAAAAUGCGUGGCGUUUUCGGCGUCCCUGGCGUCGGUCUUCAACGUCCAGUUUCCGAUGGAAAAAACGACGAAGAACCGGGUGUUGAAAAUCGUCUAGUGCUGUGUUCUGCCAAAGACAAGUUUGUUUUGACACAGGACAUUUGCGUGAUGUGUGGGGCUUUAGGUACGGAUCAUGAGGGUUGUCUUAUAUCUUGCGUUCAAUGCGGACAGUGUUACCACCCGUAUUGUGUUAAUGUGAAAAUCACCAAAGUGGUAUUGCAGAAAGGGUGGCGGUGUUUAGAUUGUACGGUGUGUGAAGGGUGUGGGCAAAGGAACGACGAAGCGAGAUUGAUACUGUGUGAUGAUUGUGAUAUCUCUUAUCAUAUCUAUUGCAUGGAUCCACCAUUGGAUUAUGUACCGCAUGGGAAUUGGAAAUGCAAAUGGUGUGCAAUUUGUCAGAGUUGUGGCGCCACCGAUCCUGGAUUUAAUUGUUCUUGGAUGAACAGUUGCAGCGAGUGUGGACCGUGCGCAUCACAUGUGAAUUGUCCCAGUUGUUCGGAGCCGUAUUCUGAAGGCGAUUUGAUUAUACAGUGUGUACAAUGCGAGAGAUGGUUACAUGGGGCUUGUGAUUCGAUUAAAACUGAAGAAGAUGCGGAAAAAUGUGCCGAAGAGGGGUAUAAUUGUCUUUUGUGUCGUCCGAGAGAUGUACCACCGCCUCAUUUAGUACCAACUGGAACCUCACUCAAACCACCUACACCGACGAAAAGUCCCGAAGCCAAAUCCAAUAAUAAUUAUUACGUCGAUGGGGUUUAUUUAAGCGAAUCCGGUUUUAGUUUAAUAAAAUCACUCUCAUUGGAACAACAUGGAACGAGGAAAAAACGAAAGAAAAUCGCAACGGUUCAAGACAAGGAGGCUGGUAUUAUGGCAACGAUCGAGUCAGUAGUUGCAGGUGGCAGCACUGAUAAUUUCCCUGAAGACAGUGCUAAAUUAGAAUUGGUCGAUGUUAAAGACGAACCUCAAGAAAUAUUCAAAGAAGGAAUGAUGUGGGGGAAAGAUGACGGUCCACCACCUGAAGGUUUUACACUUUUUACUAUGGAAAAUGGCGUUAGUGUCUUACGACGAAAAAGGCAAAGAAAUUUACAAAAAUUGGGUAUUGGUGGGUUCUUGGUACGUAUGCGUGGGAUCCGUUCAGGUCAAGAUAACGACGAUAUCGAUGUACUUCCGGGUCAAUCGAACCCUUCUGGGUCCGAUCUUCCCAUGAAUAUACCAGUCGAUGUUGAGAAACCGAGACGCAAACCCGUACGAAGGAAACCUAAGAGUAAACUAGCGGAAACGUUUCCGCCCUAUUUACAGGAGGCUUUUUUCGGAAAAGAAUUGCUAGAUUCAACCAAAGAACUCGAUAGCUCUAGUAGUGACGAAGAAAAGAACGGUUCGGAUGUAGAUAAGACAAUACAGUUGACUCAGGAUGAAAUUAAAGCAGUUGCUGCUGUCACUCCGAAGAAUGAUAGAGUGGAGGCAAAGAAUGUUGUCGAGAAGAAAGUCGUACCAAAGGAAGAAGAAGAGGAAAAUACGGAAGAUUUGAAGGAUGUGUUGACGAUUCCGGGUGAUUUACUAGAUCCUGAUAUUGUUAACACAAUUAUGAAUGAAGGUGAUGGGGAAUUUAAUAAAAAUGGGGAAUCAUUAGAUGUUCUCACAGCUACAAAUUUACCGGACGAGUCUGAUAUUACUAACACCUUAACUAGCGCAAGUACUUCAAAAGAUACCAAAGAUGAAUUGAGCGAUAUUUUAGGGCCCAAUUUUACUCUCGAGUCGAUGCCCAAUAUCAACGGUAAAGAUGUUGAGGACAUAUUUAAGGGUGUUUUAACCGACGAUUCGCAAGAAUCUCAAGAAAGCAACGUUUUUCCAAUUCAAAAUAAUAACGCGUUUAACGCUACCACUUCUCAAACCAUCGCUCAACAUCCCGUCAAUGCUCCUCCGGUACGACCGUCAGCACUGCCAACCGUAAAUCAAAGCAAUAUGAAUUCGCCGCUUAAUUUCCCGCCACGGUCGCCCUACCAAUCCGAAUAUAGCAAUAGUCCGCAGUUUAGUCCGGCAUUUUCUGAACCGCCCAGUCCGUGGGUGGCUGUGAACGACGGUGGUGAUUUAGAUGCACCAUCUGCCGCUGCACAAUCGACAUAUAAUCAAAGGUCGUCAGAAAAAAUGAAAGCCGACGAAGGUUUAGGUAACGGAGCGACUAUUUCGGCCGUUUUAUACGCAAAUAUUAAUCAUUCCGAAUGGAAAACGGAAUUUCCAAAUUGGAGCGAUCGAUAUAAACAGAUUUUGAAAAAGUGGCGAACGUUGACUCCUGACCAGAAGGCCCCAUAUUUACAACAAGCGAGGGACAACAGGUCGGCGUUGAGAAUGAAAAAACAACAACAGUCACAGAUGAGCAAGGAUGCUUCGGUGCCGCCGUCGACUCCGACGUCGAAAGCGCCAUCGGUGCCGCCGCCUCCUGCAGCUGCCCCCGUCGUUGCCACCACCAACACAAUGAUAUCCUCAACCCAGGUCCCCGCAAUCGUCUCUCCAUCAGUGUCAGAGGACCAAGAAAAAGUUGCCUUGCAACACAAAUCUGCUCGCGAAGCUGAACAAGAACGGCAAUGGAAACAACUACAAGCCUUGAGACAACAACAAGCUCAACAACAACAAAACGUGAUCCACGAACAACGCGUCCAAUCAAUAGCACGAGUGCAGCGUCAGAUAUCCGACCCGUCGCCGUUCCCUCAAGAUCAACCGACUCCCGAACUUAGCCCUGUGACCUCUCCAUCGCCCAACCCUCGUCAACUCCUCACCAUGGGUAUAAAAUCGCCGACUUUUGCCCACCCCGUACAAACACCAAUGCGACCACCUCCACCCACACCUCCAACACCUCUGGAAUUUACACCAGAAACUGAUCCUUAUGCUAAACCACCUUCCACACCUAAAUUACCACAGCCUACUUUCCAAACUCGUUUACCGGUCGAUCCCUAUGCCGUGCAACCUUCAACACCUCGACCUCAGUUCCAAAUACGUCCGAAUUUGCAGGCUUUGAAUGCGGCAAAUGUUAGAAACGAAUCGCCAGAAUUGAGUCGACAAUUGAGGGAUUUGUUGCAACGGCAACAGUUUAAGAAAUUGGAUGAUCAGAUUUUGGCUGGAAAAGGGCAACAAAGGGUUUGGCCGCCGGUUGAACCGAAUCAAGAGGAGGCCACGCCGGUGGUUACAUCAGCUGGAGAUGCAACAUUUAGGCAGCCAUUGCCGCCAAGUAUUGCCAGGCCAAGGUUGCCCUUACCGACGGGAGGAAUUAGACAGCCGGGACCGCAUUUGGGAUUAAGGAUGCAGUUGGAUCCGAGGAUUCAGGGAUUAGAUCCGAGGAUGAGAUUGCUGAUUCAACAACAGAGAUUGAUACAACAGAAUGCCGCUCCAGGUCAACAACCGCAACAACAAAUGUUUUCAGGUGGUACUGUCAGAUUUGCACCAGGGAUUGUCAGACCGACGAGUGUCGAACAAUAUGAGUUGUUGCAGCGACAACAACAACAAGCUACUUUCCAACCUAGAGCCACAGAACCUCAAAUGGCACCACGUUUGCCAAUCAGUCAAGUGACUAAUAUACAAAGACCAUCGAUAAGUCAAACUCCUACAGUACCAUCAAGUGGUACAUCCAAUGAAAAUCAAUCAAACGAUCAGGAAAUUCCUGAUAAUGUCACAGCAGAAUUGGAGAAACUCGAACAAGAAAAUGGGACGAUGCCAGACUUGCCAGGAGUCGACAUACUUGGAGGAUUAGAUGACGAUGACGAAUUAUUAGCUGAAAUGGGGGCCGACUUUAACAUUCUCGAAUACGCUGAUCCGGAAGCACUUCCAGGCGAAAAAACUAACAUUCUAGAUUUGGAACUCGAAGAAGAACCUAUCAAAAACGACAAAAAAGUCAAAGUCGAGUUACCCAAAGUAUCAACCGGAAAACCGACUCCUCCUACCCAAAUCAAAAAAGAUGUAACACCUCCUGUGUCAUCGGUUAUUACCCCGUCAUCUGCUUUACCGAAUACCAACGUCCAUCCUCCACCUUUGGCUAUAUCUCAAGCUCAAACCGGUCAUCCAUUACCAACCGCAAUCACCUCUCACCUCACCCCUCAACAAAUUCACCAACAAAUGGUACAUCAAGUACAACAAGCUGCCGCUCUCGGCAAGCCUAUGCCUCUUGGUGCGAAAUUACAAAGUCCCGAUGGGAUUAUCGGAAUCGUAACGGUGAAUAAUACGGUGCAGUUGCAAAUACCGCAGGGGUACCAACAGAGAUUAUUGGUCUCACAACUUCAAAACCAACAAAAACUGCAAAUGCGGUUGGGUCAAAACGUGCCACGAAUGAUGUCGGUGGCUCCAGCUUUGCAUACGAAUCCAGUAGGUUUAAAUCCAGGACCGAGGAUGAGUGUGGCGGCACCUCCACCACCUCCAUAUCCUGGUCCACCACCACCGUAUCCCGGAACCGCGCUACCACAACAACAGGAACAACCGUUACUGUUAGAAGAUUUGCUAGAGCAAGAAAAACGUGAACAAGAGAAACAAAAUCAAAAUCAAACCAAUCAAGAAGGUACUCCUUCAAGUAGUGCAAACGUCGAGCAAGAAUCAACAUUACUCACUGAUCACGAUUUCGAUCGUAUCACUGAUGUUUUAGGCAGUCCCACUAUGAAUGCGAGACAAAAUCAAGUGGUGUCAAAUCCGGCUCAAGUCCAACAAUGGUCGCAAAAUCAAAAUCGCCCUAAACCAACUCCAACUCCGACUCCUCAACCCACCACCGAAAUUCGGGUUCAAACUUUCAAUGCUAACGUCGUACCACCUCCGCCAAUACCUCCAGAAAAUAUCGUUACGGAACAAGAUAAACAAAAGCAACUCGUAUACGAACAGUGGUUGAGUCAUCAAAGCAACACACUUAAUCAACAAUUGAAAUAUUACGAAACAGAAAUGAAUAAAUUGAGAAAGUUGAGAAAAUCAUUAAAUAGUAAACAGAGACAGUUGAGGAAAUCUGGAGGUCAGUUGGCUGAUGCCGACGCCAAUGAAUUGCAAAGAAUUGCAGCAGAACAGGCGAUUUUACAAAAACAUCUUGAUUCAAGUCGAAAACAGAGUCGUCAGCACGGACUGCUAUUACAGGAAUACCGGAACAAGCAACAAGCGAAACAGUCUGGUCCCGGCCAAUCGCCACUUUUAAUGCAACAAAAUCCAUCACCGUUGGGUCCGCCGUCAUCGUCACCGAUACACCAUUCGCAAUCGCCGAUGAUGUCGCCCUCGGCUUCGCCUCUCGCUCAACAUUCACCCUUACACAGCCCCAGUCCAAUGAUAUCCCACUCGCCAGGUCCCGGAUCUGUUACAAACAUUCUCCAGAGCCCCAGCGGAAUGUCUCCCAUGCAACCCUCGCCCCGAAUUGGGACUCCUCAUUCGCAAGGUGACAGUAGUCCGGGACCUGCACCGUCCCCAGGUCAAAUUUGUUUACCCCCACCGGCGCCCAGGAUGACUUCACCGCAACAUAAACGUGUUGUGACGAGUCCUGUGGGAUAUUCUGGUGAUUUGAGACCGGGAACGCCGCAAAUGCGAUUCGUGAGGACACCCAUGGACCAGAGAAGGUUACCAUCACCCAUGAUGUACCAACAAAAACCAGGGACGCCAUCACCAUUAAGUAGUCCACCGCCGCAACAAAUGACCAUGAACCAACAAUUGAUACAAAAAAUUGAGGGUCAAGAGGCGAAUAUUUUGACGUCAGGGAGGGCGGCUCAAUUGAUCCAGCAGAGAAAUUUUGUAAGACAACAGUUGCAACAACAACAACAGCAGCAGCAACAACAAGCUGUAGCUCAACCGCAACCUUUGACCCCACAACAACAUCAAAUGAUGGUUCAACAACAGCAACAAUUAGCUAAACAGCAACAACAACAAAUUGCUCAACUUCAGGCACAGUUGCAACAGAGAUUGAAUCAACAACAACAGCAGCAACAACAACAAAAUGCCGCUCCUGCGUCACCUAUGCCUCCUAAAAGUCCCAUGGUCAAUCAACAAAUCAUGUCGCCUCACUCAAUGCCACCUUCACCCAUGCCACCUAGAAGUCCUAUGAUGAAUUUCAACAACAACCCACAAACACCAAACUCACCAGUUACCAGAAAUAAUUAUCACAUGAACCAACCACCAAAUAGUCCCAUGAUGACUCACAACCAGUACCAACCACCUAGUUCACCCAUGCCUCGAAGUCCUAUGAUGGGUAUGAGACGUCCACCUAGUGCUAACAGUAGCCCAAUGCAAGAUCGGCCUAGAAGCGUUGAACGCACUUUUGCAAAUCAAGGCAGCUUAGAUAAUAUGCUGGAUCAAGGCGGUGGCGGUGGUAACCCAAACAAUAACCCAAUACCAGCACCGCCUGGUUUUGGCCGGUUCGGUUAUUUCAAGUUAGGUUUACGGGGUGGUUCCCCUAUGUGGACCUUUGGCAGAGGCGCUAAAAGGAUACCAACGCCACCUGGGACUAACAAAGACGAUAAAAGCAAUGUCGGGGAAAGUUCAUUGCCGGUUAAGCCUCGUAAAGAAUCACAUUUAAGUAAAGUUUCAAUUUUGAAACGCAAAUCGCCGGCUAAAACCAACUUACAAUCGCUAGCAGUCAGUAAAGUCGGCUCUUUGGUCAGUACAGAUUAUAACGAGUUUGAUGACAGUUCAUGUACACCACCAGUAACGCCCCCUCCGACCACAAGUCGAGUUAAAACUAUCGGUAAAAAGAUUUCCGAAGUGACCGACACUAAGGAUGUUAUGAUUGUGCACAGUCCGGAUGCGAAACAAAUGAACGAAAUCAUGGAUUACGACGAUGAUAACAAUACAGUGAUUUCGGGUGAGGUGUCGUUGAGUUCAGCAGCACAACAAAAUGAUGCUGAUGAUAUCGCAGUGAUUGAAACGUUUUCACAAAGCGAUUUGGGCGAGGCCAUGUCGAGUCCACUAGAAUCGGAUCAAAUCGGCGACGAGUAUCUUUUGUUUCCGGGGAAUAUGGUUGUGGACUUGUCGGGGGAUGGUGAAACACACUAUUCCGACAAAGAAGAAGUCGAGGAGGAAGACUACACUGGUGAAAAAAUGCACGUAGUGAUCCGAAGUCCGACAACGAGUGAUGACGAAUAUAUCAUGCAAAAUAAGGGAAAGAAGUAUAAUAUUCGAGGUAUAGAUACAGCUGAUUCACCCGAACAAGAGGAAAUGCAAACUGAUCCGUCACCCGAUGGUGAUGAAGAUGAAGAAUCAGAAAUUGUCAUAAUUGAUCCAUCGAUUAAAUCACCCGAUGAACAAAUUUCAACCAAAGAAGAUUUCGAAGAAUUGAUCGAUGAAGGGUCGCGGAAAGAGAAAAUCAUGAAACCGGAAAUGGUCACUGCAAAACACAUCAACGAGAUACAUAAAUACACGAAUGUUUAUAGUUUUCCGCCGAAAAGUGAGGCAGUUUCGGGGACAAGCACUUCACGCGUCGCUAGUUUGAUAACAUCAAAGUUGGGUCAGAAAUUUUCGCUGAUAACAACACCGGUUGUAACGGUAUCGAAAGUUGAUACUCAAAAUAAAACAGUUGGUACUACUGCCACUUCAAAAGUGACCAAUAUCAUUUUACAUAGCGCCGUGAGGAGUAAUGUUUUAAACGUACCAAAGUUAGUAACAAGUGGUUCAUCGGCUAUAACAAUAGUUAGUGCUAAUACAUCACCAAUAGCAUCGAUAUUACCGUCAGGGUUUACAGUUCCGGUUAUCAGUGCAAGUGCUGUACGACAAUUGCCAAACGUUAAAGUUAUCGAUAAGCCAUCAUCGUCGAUUUCGUUGACUACUCACGAUACAUGUUUGCCAAAAAAAAUCUUCGAGGAUGAUUCAGUCUCGCCCGACAGUUCAAAUUGCGAAGAUGACAAAUCGAAAGAUUCCUCUGAUGAAAAAUCAAAAAUCGAUUCGCCACCAAUUGAAGAAAAAACUAAAACAUCACUAGUGACUAAAGAAGAAUCACCGAAACCGACCAAUGAAAAUGAAGUUGAAAACGUUCACGUAACUAGUGUGAAAACACAAGAACAGAAAACAUCCAGUCCGGUUAUAGCAAAAACUUCGUCACCGGUUAUAAUUCAUAACACACCAGAAUUGAAAAUGACGGCUCAAGUCAUACAAGAGUCACAGUCAGGAAUACAGAUAACCGCAACUGAAACAGUUGAUGGUUUCGAAGGCGCGUCUGAUGAUACAAAAUCUGUAGUUAUAUCAAUACCAUCACCAACGCCAUCUCAGGAACAAAUGUUGGAUAAUAUAGCCUUACAAGCUUUGGAGAAUAGGAGAAGAGAUGGGAAUGGUAUGCCGGGAGAGUUUGAGUCACUUGAGGAUGUUUUAGACAUGAUUGAGAACAUUACAGGAGAACCACCAACCGUUCUCGAGGAUAACAUCAAAGAUAAACUUAUGAGUGGCGAUAGUAAAAAUGUGACAAUUGAACAAGAGCAAUUGAAAGAGACACCUCAAUCAACCCAAGUUGAAACUCCUCAAAUCACCAAACCGUCAGUUGUUCCUCAAUUGUCUCCCUUAUCACAACCUACCGACUUAACAACAAAUAUGGCGAACGCCUCUCAACAAUUACGCACCCUUUUAUCACUUCAUACAACUGCAGCGACAUCUUCAAAUAACGUCGAAACUGUAGUUAAAAGUGUAGUAAGUACGGGACCUGUUUUAACAACAAGUCCGGUCGUAACACCUCGAGUUAUUCAACAAGUGACCACGAGUACAGUUAUAGUACCAAAUAUGAAACCAAAACCGAUUGUCCAAUCACCAGUUCGGACGCAAACCACGACUGUAACAUCUACAACUAGUAUACAAAUAACAACGUCUGGUAUCACUUUUGUUCCACGUAGUUCCGGAAUUCAAUUAAUGCCCGACCAUCCGAAAUUACCUCGAGUCACACCAGUAGUGACACCGGUUACAACCGAAAGUGAGACUACGACUCGCAAAACGACUUGUUCGUUAACCGAAAUGUUACAGUCACAUCCGGCUGCUGUACCUACAACGAAAACAAGUGCCGACACAAUAACAGCUGCAAGUUUAUUGGGUACUUCGAUCGGUUUAUCACGUGUCAGUACAUCAUUAGUACAAGCACAACCAAUUGUUGUUUCACCGGCCACUUGUAAUAAUUUAAUGGUCACAACAACGUCGAGUUUUAAAGCGACUACGACAAAUACGAAUUUGUUACAUACGCAAUUAACUAAAGUGAUGCGUCAUAAAUCACUUGAUGAAUCAACUGAGGAGAGUAAAACCGAAACUGAACCAAACAUUGAUGAUAAAAACAAACAAGGUGACUAUAAACACUCUUGUUUACAAACAACAAUUGCGUCGACUACUAGAAGUGAGGAUUCAAAUGCGUUGUUGAAAAAAUUGUUACAAAACACGGCUUGUGCUAGUACUCAGACACCACCCCCGAGUUCGGCGGCGGCGGCGUCUAUCACCGUAGCUGCCCCAAUUCAAUUUACUUCGACUCUUGAGAGUCAAUUAAAAGCGUCGAUUUUACCACCAGUGGUUAAAGAAACACCAAAAAUGCCACAAAAAAUGCAAAUAAUGACCCGCGAGACAUCGUUUGUUUCGAGUCCGGUGGUUCCACAAACAUCAACAACACAACAAUUGCAUAUUGAUAUUAAAAAAUGUAUGCCACCGAGUCGGACCCCCAGUCGUGAUGAUUUAUUAUCACCUCCAACACCUCGAUCGUCCUGCAGCCAAGAUUCAAGUCUCCAAACACCACCAUUGAUUGUCAAAAAAGAAAUACCACAACAGAUUCAAAUGUCACAAGAAGUGAAAAAAGAAUACGUCGAUGAAACAUCGCAACAUUCCGAAGUUUCGGAUCAAAGUCGGUCGGAUGUUCCCAUGAAAGAAGAGAUCGAUUCGUUGGAUCCGAUGACUGAGAAAAUGUUGUCGGAGAAAGAAGAGUUAAAGAGACAGAAAAGAAGGAUGUAUCAACAGAAGAGACGCCAGAAUCAGAUUAUGAAUAAAGAAGCGAUCGGUCAGCCGAAAAAACGGCCACGAAAAAGCUCGAAAGUCGACGAGGAUUAUGAUACUUACAUUGACGGGGUAUUGGCCCAAUUGAGAACUUUGCCACCCAUGGUGGUCUCCGAACCAAUCCUCAACCGGAAUUUCAGUAUUUGUCCGGUUUUUGGCAGCGAUAUGGGUAAAUUAGCAGUGAAUGAUUAUGAUUCGAGGUUUGGAGAAUUGAAAGGCGAGUAUGGCAAAGGCUGCAUGCCUGGCUAUUCCGAUUUUUACACGACUCAACCCUAUGGUGAUAAAGAUCCAUUGCCUGAAAAACCUCCUGCUUCAACACAACGAGGCUUCUACGAUCAGGAGUUUCCGCUUAUUAAAUUCGAUGCCGAAGAAGAAAAAAGAUUCGAUAUGUUCAGUAGGGACGACACACCGGAUUCGAUCAUAAGUAGCUCCUCACCGGAGUGUCCGUUUACGGAACCGCCCCAUAAAUUCCUUGGUUUGAAACUGAUAAAUGAAGAUGAGGAUGAAGAAGAGGAAGAUAUGUCCAAGAUGAGAUUAUCACCAGUGGUGCCGAUUAUAGCACCGAUUCCGAUUAGAUUGAAACCGACAGGGCCGUAUUUGAAGGAUUAUACAGAGGAUAAGGAGAAUGUCGGUAGAGAUGUGUGUUUAAAAUCCAAGUUUGGGUCUGGUUCAGCAACACCUUUGAAAGAUUCAGGCAAUGUAACAGUGACGUUGACAUUGACUUCGUCUGCUGCUGAAGACAUUAUGGGAGUUUUACGCGAUUUAGCCAAUAUUUUGCACAUUCCGGCGCCGACGAGUUACCAGAUUGUCGAAAGGACGAGUACUCCACCGAGCCAGAAAUUGGGGUUGUAUAGGACGAAAGGGAAGGAUGGAAAAGAGGGAGCCCCUAUUGAUAUUCAGAGUAUUCUCAACGGUGCCGCGAAAUUCUGCAAGCAUUGCGAUGUGGUCAUCCUCAACAACAUGAUCCGAAAGAAGGUCUCCGAACUACCUUUCCUAUCCAAAGACUCGGAAUUACUAAGCGACGGCGACGAGUUAUUCUUCUGUAGUACCACCUGUUACAUGCAAUUUGCUCUAAUGCACCGUUCACCAUCUAUCCCCGAAGAUAAAGCGGCCGCAAUCAUUGAUCACUUAUGCCAAAAAGACAAAACCGAAGCGAACAAACGAUCAUUUUCUGAACAUCGUAAAAAUUUCAUGGACAAUGUCGAAAUGGAACUACAAUACGUGAAACGUGAAGUUGAUUCAAUGGAUGUUGACUUGAAGUCGCAUUCGUUGUUCAAUAAACCGACAGAUAUUAUUAGUUUGAGACGAUAUGACCAAAACACACCCAAAGUCUGGAAAGGUGUGAGGUACAAAAGUUGGACUCCUGGGUGUCUCCAACCACCGAUGAAAUACAAAAAACCCACUGAUAAAGAAACGAUGGAAUUGUUGUAUCGGAUGGGGAUUACAGUGACACCGCCGAAGUUACCCGAAGACUUUCGGAAGUGUAUGUUUUGUCAAAGUAUCGGAGAUGGCGUUGCUGAUGGUCCUGGUCGGCUACUUAAUUUUGAUGUGGAUAAAUGGGUUCAUUUAAAUUGUGGUUUAUGGUCAGAUGGGGUUUACGAGACCGUAAAUGGAGCCUUGAUGAAUCUGGAAAAUGCGUUACAACAAAGUUUGACACAAAUUUGUGUCCAUUGUAAUAAAUUAGGAGCUACGAUUCGUUGUUUCAAAACCCGAUGCUCCAAUGUCUACCACUUAGCAUGUGCUGUUAAAGAUUGCUGUGUCUUUUAUAAAAAUAAAACGACCUAUUGUACUGUUCAUAUUCCGAAAAAUGAGAAAGAUAACGAAUUGACGACUUUAUCAGUAUCGAGGAGGGUUUACGUCAACAGGGAUGAAAACCGACAAGUGGCAACUGUGAUGCAUCACAGCGAUACGAGUAAUUUACUACGAGUUGGCAGUUUGAUUUUUUUAAAUGUUGGACAAUUGUUACCUCACCAAUUACAAAAUUUUCACAACCAGAAUUAUAUUUAUCCGAUCGGUUACAAAAUUAUUAGAUUUUAUUGGAGUAUGCGUCACUUAAACAAACGCUGCAAGUACAUUUGUUCUAUUCAUGAGGCUUGUGGUAGACCCGAAUUUAAAGUGAUCGUUCAAGAAACACUCGAAAACGACGUUGAGUUCAAAGACUCUACUCCUAAAGCCGUCUGGCAACGAAUCCUCGAACAAAUCGCAGUGAUGCGUCGCGAAAAUCAGUGCGUUCAAUUAUUUCCGCAAUUCGUGAGUGGCGAAGACUUGUUCGGUUUAACUGAACCGGCCGUCGUGCGAGUUUUAGAGAGUCUUCCAGGGAUUGAAACUUUGACGGAUUAUAAAUUCAAAUAUGGGAGAAAUCCGUUGUUGGAAUUACCGUUGGCUAUAAAUCCAUCGGGGGCGGCGCGGACUGAGCCCAGAUCGAGGAGUCAACUGCAUUGGAAGAGGCCGCAUACGCAGAGGACGGGAGGGUCGUCGGUGAGACCUCUGUUCGGGCCUACGCCGGCCCUCACUAACAAUAAUACGCUAGGGGAUGGGGCCUGUCCCUAUACGAAACAGUUCGUGCAUUCGAAAAGCUCGCAGUAUAAGAAAAUGAAGCAGGAAUGGAGGAAUAACGUGUACUUGGCGAGGUCAAAAAUUCAGGGUUUGGGUUUGUAUGCGGCCCGCGAUUUGGAGAAGCACACCAUGGUUAUCGAAUAUAUCGGUGAAAUAAUUCGAACGGAGCUUGCCGAAACCCGAGAGAAGAAAUACGAGGCUAAAAAUCGUGGAAUUUACAUGUUUAGAUUGGACGAGGAAAGGGUGGUUGAUGCUACACUUAGCGGAGGUUUGGCUCGUUACAUCAACCACUCUUGUAACCCGAAUUGUGUCGCUGAAACUGUUGAGGUUGAUAGGGAUUACCGGAUUAUCAUAUUUGCGAAAAGGAGAAUACAACGAGGGGAGGAGCUGGCGUAUGACUACAAGUUUGAUAUUGAAGACGACCAACACAAAAUCUCUUGUAUGUGUGGAGCCCCGAAUUGUCGCAAGUGGAUGAAUUAAUUUUAUAUUGAAUUAUGUAAAUACCGUUGACAGAAAACAAGUUUAAAGCAGACUGUUUGCAGUGCCAUUCACAUUUUAUAAAAGCAUUCCAUAGUUAUGUUUGAUAAACUGUAAUCUUUGAGUAACGUAGGAUAAAUGUGCAUUUAUAUAUUUUGUUACAUAGUGUCGUAAGGACAGUGGCUUAGGGUUAGGGACCAAAUCGAUACCGUUGUUUCCCCGACCUUAUAGAGAAUUUUUUGUAUAUAGUUAAUUUUGAAAUAAUUUAUUUCAGACAAUUGGGUUUUUUUCAUUGUGGGCAGAAAUUUAUUUAUUGUAUAAUAUUGUUGUUUUAAGUCGUUAGAUUAAUUUAUUUUUAAGUAGUAACUAAGUCGGAGUGAUCAAUUUCAUGUAUUUAUAAUUGUUUUUUGAUUGCCGUGCAAUAUGUAUGAAUUUAGCAUCUUGUGUGCGCUUUAUAAGUUUUUUUAUUUGUACGCAUUGUAAAUUUUCAAAUUGUAGUUUUAUCACGACUUUAAGUCUAUUGUUGUUAAUUUACUUUUUAAUGUUUUUUGUAUAUAUUUUUUAAUUUGCAAAAAUGUGAAUAAUUCAUUUUUUGUAAUUAAACAAAAGAAUCUAGGACAAUAAAAGUUUGAUGUUGGAUUUAUUUGGUUCUGCACUACCACUAAGUAAAUGCAAUAUUGAUUUUGUUGCAAUUUAAAACAAAAGGAAAUCUAGGGAAGUGACAAUCACUGUAGGAUAAUUUGUAUCAAAAAAGCACUACCUGAUUAAUGUAAUCUUUAUUUAUGUACAAACGUUGUAUAAUGCAAUAUGUAUAUACUAGAACUUCAUUAGAAAAUUUACACAUGUCUAAAUAAAGAAGAAUACCGAA